AUGUCUCAACCAAUCAAGAAUGUCAUGCUCAUGGGUGCUGGAGGUCUCUUCGGCACUGAAGUUCUGCUCGCACUUCAAAAAGAAGGCCAAUUUAACUUGUCAAUUCUUUCACGGAAAUCUUCAAAAUCAAAUUUCCCGUCUAAUCUGAAGGUUUAUAAUGUGGACGAUGACUAUCCGAUCGACCAACUUGUUGACGCCUUCAAAGGUCAAGAUGCCCUAGUUUCGACACUCCCGGGUAGACCAUAUACCGUUCAUAUACGGAUGAUCGAUGCUGCGAUUGAAGCAGGUGUUAAGAGAUUCAUUCCAACAGAAUAUGGAAACAAUACAUGCGCUGCAGCUGCCGAACUCGUCACACUGUACGAGGACAAGGCCAAGGUUGCCGCGUACUUGAAGAGCAAGGAAAGCACAGGGUUAACCUGGACAGCUGUUCAUACCGGACAGUUUUUCGAUUGGGGGCUGGAGGCUGGAUGGCUCGAUUACUAUAUUAAAGAAAAGCGGACUACGAUAUACGAUUCUGGUGACACACAGUGGUCGACUUCGACGCUCGAAACUGCGAGUGCUGCUGUAGCUAAAGUGCUAUUAAAACCAGAAGAGACUAAGAACAAGCCUAUCUUUGUGGCAUCGUUCACCGUGUCGCAAAAUCAGGUUCUGAAGGAACUUGAGAAAGUAACUGGUACUACUUGGAAUGUCCAGAGAAUGUCUUCAACGGAUGCGAUAAAAAAGGCAGCAGGGCUUAGCGACAAGGACUAUUCCGAUGGCUUGAAGCUGUUGAUUCUCAUGCUACUUUACGCAGAUAAUGCGGACAGAGGAGCAAAUUUUGAGAAGUUUGGAUUGUCCAAUGAGCUCCUUGGGCUCCAGGAAGAGAGCCUGACAGAGGUCAUCGAUCGAGUUGUGAAACAACAAUCUUCCUAA